AUACCCUACGGAGUUCACCAUUCCAAGUUCUUCUUGGUUGGCUACGCUGAUCAGAGUCUACGAAUCAUCAUUCACACUGCCAACAUUCGAUAUGACGAUAUUCAUUGUAAAGCGCAGGCUGCUUUUUUUCAGGACUUUGGGCUCAAGUCACCUGAGAAUUUCACAAAUGUUGCUAACACCUGUGAGUUUGAGGAAGAUCUUAUUGACUACUUGGAUUCAUAUCGGUACACCAGGCUACACAAGUGGACCAAGAGCGGGUCGAAAACCAAAUCCCUUGGUCAAUUUGUUCGAGAGUACGACUUUUCGUCCGCAAAAGCUGUACUGGUCCCUUCCACUCCAGGGUAUCAUCGCUUGGAUGAGAAACAUAGACGAGGCCACUGGAAAAUGCGCCAAACCAUACCGUCCCAUACAGAAGCGCCCGAAGAGGAAACGAUUUGUGAUCCGAUAGUUUGCCAGUUUUCAUCGAUUGGCUCUUUGACCGAACGCUACUUGCUGGAACUACAGACAUCUAUGGACAUGAAGCAAUCUCGCGAUCGCGGAAGACCGGGACGUUUAGAAUUGUCCCUCAAGUUGGUGUAUCCUACCGUAGAAGAGAUUCGAACAUCAGUUGAAGGCUAUAGAGGUGGGGGUUCGGUACCGGGCACAAUGCGCAACGUGGGCAAGCCAUUCCUCAAGCGCCUGUUUUGUCGUUGGUCGGCAUUGUCGUCAAGCGACAUGAAUCCUCUGUGGAAAGGGAGAAAUGUUCCGCACAUGAAAACAUAUUUCCAAACAAACUCGACCACGGAAACCUUACACUGGUUUGUGCUUACAUCACACAAUCUAUCAAAGGCUGCCUGGGGAGAGAUUCAAACAUCUUCACGUUACGGCGGUCGGAGACUAUUCGUUCGGCACUGGGAACUUGGUGUCUUUCUGUCU